GUAGCUGAGACUGCGCAUCUGGAUGUUUUAAACAUACAAAGGAAUUGCUAGAGCAGGCAAAAGAGAAAACGGUGAAGAGAGUUAAGAUGUGCAGAUAAGUAACUGGUGGACUGUGCAGCUAAAAUAACUGGCAAUCAGUGAGGGAAAAUCUUUUUAAAGAGGGUAGUGCAAGCUAAGACAGAAUGAAGACUCAUGUUGUCUUUACCCCUUUUGGCUUCAUUUUUAAAGUACUCUUGAUCCAACAGCAUCUUUUUCAUCAAACUUUAGCUGCACCGUCACCAAUCAUUAAGUUUCCUGGAGACAGCCCUCCCAAAACAGACAAAGAACUAGCAGUGCAAUACCUGAAUAAAUUCUAUGGGUGCCCAAAAGACAAUUGCAAUUUAUUUGUGCUGAAAGAUACUUUGAAGAAAAUGCAGAAAUUCUUUGGGCUGCCUGAAACAGGAGAUCUGGAUCAAAACACUAUCGAAACAAUGAAGAAACCCCGCUGUGGUAAUCCAGAUGUGGCCAAUUAUAACUUCUUUCCAAGAAAACCAAAAUGGGAGAAAAAUCUUGUAACAUACAGAAUUUUGGGCUACACACCAGACUUGGAUCCUGAAACAGUAGAUGAUGCCUUCGGACGAGCCUUUAAAGUCUGGAGUGAUGUGACACCAUUGAAAUUUUCCCGAAUUAAUGAUGGAGAAGCAGACAUUAUGAUCAAUUUUGGACGAUGGGAGCAUGGUGAUGGAUACCCAUUUGAUGGCAAGGAUGGUCUCUUGGCUCAUGCUUUUGCACCUGGGCCAGGAAUUGGAGGGGAUUCCCAUUUUGAUGAUGAUGAACUGUGGACUCUGGGCGAGGGUCAAGUUGUUAGGGUGAAAUAUGGAAAUGCAGAUGGAGAAUACUGUAAAUUUCCCUUCUUAUUCAAUGAUAAGGAAUAUAACAGCUGUACAAAUGAAGGGCGCAGUGAUGGAUUCCUUUGGUGUUCAACCACUUCCAACUUUGAUGCUGAUGCCAAAUAUGGAUUCUGUCCUCAUGAAUCACUUUUCACAAUGGGUGGAAAUGGAGAAGGGCAGCCAUGUAAGUUCCCCUUCAAAUUUCAAGGCGUUUCCUAUGACCAAUGUACAACAGAAGGAAGGACAGAUGGAUAUCGGUGGUGUGGAACUACUGAAGAUUAUGAUAGAGAUAAGAAAUAUGGAUUCUGCCCAGAAACUGCAAUGUCAACGGUUGGUGGAAAUUCUGAGGGAGCCCCUUGUGUAUUCCCUUUCACUUUUCUUGGAAAUAAAUAUGAGUCCUGUACAAGUGCUGGUCGCAAUGAUGGGAAGAUGUGGUGUGCUUCCACAAGUAACUACGAUGAUGACCGCAAAUGGGGUUUCUGCCCUGAUCAAGGUUACAGCCUUUUCUUGGUUGCUGCUCAUGAAUUUGGCCAUGCCAUGGGAUUAGAGCACUCUGAGGACCCUGGAGCUCUUAUGGCCCCAAUCUACACAUAUACCAAGAACUUUAGACUAUCUCAAGAUGACAUUCAAGGAAUCCAGGAACUUUAUGGAGGAUCAACUGAUGUGGGCCCAGGUCCAGGGCCAGGUCCAAGUCCAACCCUUGGGCCAGUCACUCCAGAGAUAUGCAAAAAUGAUAUUGUAUUUGAUGGAGUCGCCCAAAUUAGAGGAGAAACAUUUUUCUUUAAGGACAGAUUCAUGUGGAGGACUGUAAACCCCCGAAAUAAACCCACAGGUCCACUUCUUGUUGCUACAUUCUGGCCCGAUCUGCCAGACAAAAUUGAUGCUGUCUAUGAGGCCCCUCAAGAAGAGAAGUCUAUAUUUUUUUCAGGAAAUGAAUACUGGGUUUACUCAGCCAGUAAUUUGGAGCGAGGAUAUCCAAAGAAACUCACCAAUCUAGGGCUACCUCCUGAUGUUCAACGAGUUAAUGCAGCUUUUAACUGGGGCAGGAACAAGAAGACAUACAUUUUUGCAGGCGAAAAAUUUUGGAAGUACAAUGAAGAAAAGAAAAAAAUGGAGCCUGGAUUUCCUAAAUUCAUUGCUGAUUCAUGGAAUGGCAUUCCAGACAACUUAGAUGCUGUACUAAGUCCCAAUGACAGUGGGUUCAGCUACUUUUUUAAGGAAAAGUAUUAUCUGAAGAUGGAAGACACAAGUUUGAAGAUUAUUCAAAUUGGCAACAUAAAAUCUGACUGGUUGGGUUGCUGAACUGUAUAAAAUAUUAAUAACCAAAUAUUUACUUUUUUGUUAUAUGCCUUAUCUGUAAUUAGAAAUAGAUCUGAAUGCUGAUAAUGGACCAGUCUGGUACUGGCACCAAAACAUUAAGUACCAGUACUCUACACUUUCAUUCAUCAGAUAAUUUAAAAGUGUGUGCCUCAAGUAUACAAAAAUGUUUACUUACAUCUCCUGGUACAACUUUUAAGCUGGUUGGUGAUAUCAGUAACAGAAUAACCCUUAUAUUUUACUGCCCUGGUGCUUAUACUAAAGUUCAUUGAAGUCAAUGGAAAUAGACUUCAGUGGGUUUUGAAUCAAGCUCCUGUGGUAUACAUGUCCUUUACAGCCCCAAAUAAGAUGUACCAACAGUGCACUUUGAUUUUUUUUUUAUACAACUCUGAAGAUAGCUGGACUUGUCCUGGUGCUCAUCACCCUCCUGCAGGUUUUGAUCAUCCUUUCCAUUUAUUUACAUCGUAGUACAGUAAGACUGUCAAAGGCACAGGUUGCCUCAGGAUUUGAUUUGUGUUGAUGCAUGAUGGAAUCAUGGCAAAAAACUGUAUUAAAGUAUUGUUUUAAAGUACUUUUUAUUUUAAUACCAUUGUCAAAUUUAGCAAUUUGCUUCAUGCACUUUGUUACUACUAUAAACUUGUUUAUAUGGACAGAAUGACUCCAAUUUUUGCAGUCAAUGCAUUAUUCAUAAAAGCAAAGUAUUAAAGGUUUACCUAUUUUAUUUU